AUGAAUAAUUACGUAUACAAGUGCAACAAAAAAACAAUAAAAACGAAAUAUUGGAUUUGUACAAUAAGUGGUUGUAAGGUCUUUGUUCAUACGGACUUUAACAAUAAUUAUUUAUGUGGUGGUAAAAAUGAACAUGAACAUGCUGCUAAUCCAGAAUUACUUGAAAUUCAUCAAACACGUCAACAAAUAAAACGACGAGUAAUGAAUGAGUCAACACCAAUAGGAGCAGUUUAUGACGAGGAAAUGUCGAAAACAUCUAUGAGUUCAACAGCUAUUGCUAUAUUUCCAACGGUCCACGAAAUUUAUGAAGGUUUUGCGAAGACUCGACGGAAAGCAAUGCCAGCUGUUCCACAGUCGUGUAUCUUUGAUAUUCCAGAACAAUAUACAUUGACAAUUGACAAGAAAAGAUUUUUAUUACUUGAUGAAGUUCGUGUUCGACGAGAGCGAUUAUUAGUUUUUUCUAGUGAUAUUCAACUUGAUUUACUAUUUAAUUCUUCGAUAGUUUAUAUGGAUGGAACUUACAGUUCAACACUAAGGCUACAACAACAUUAUUUAUCUGAUGAAAAUUUUCGUCUUUUAUGUCGCAAGUUGAUGGCAUUAGGAUUAAUGCCACUAGACAAGGGGGUGAACAGUUUUCAAGAUGUAAGAAGUGCUGCUCAAUGUUUACCUCAAUUACAGGUUAUACAAUUAUUACAAUACUUUGAAAAUAACUGGAUGUCAAAUAUUGAAUUGUGGAAUUUAUUUGGACUCGAUAGUCGAACCAAUAACAUCUGUGAAGGUUAG